AUGUCUUACUUUGCUUCGCUCUUCGGCAACGAGAUCCAGACCAAGGGCGGGAUCGUCCCGACGACGGAGGCGCUCGCCAACACCAAGGUCGUGGGCAUCUACUUCUCGGCCCACUGGUGCCCGCCCUGCCGCGCCUUUACGCCGCUCCUCUCGACCUUUUACGAAGACCUCGUCGAGGACCAUGAAGACGUCGAGAUCCUCUUCGUCUCGUCCGACAAGGAGGCCGCGGGCUUCGACGAGUACUGGAGCCAGAUGACGUUCCCGGCGCUGCC